AUGACCAUCUCCCCCUCCCCCGCGAAACGCCGCAGACUCUCCACCCCGGAUCCCACCAGAUCACCCACCAAAUCCCCCACCCCCUCCCUCUCCUCCGCCCCCCCCCUCUCCCCCAGCCACAGCUGGAGUUGCAGCUGCAGUCAAAGCCACUCCUCUACCUCCUCCAGCAUCGACGAGCAGCUGAAAGAAAGCAUGGUCGCUAUUACCAUUGCCUUUCAGCGUCUGCGGGGACAAGUUGAACGGAAUCGGAAGCAGAUGGAUCAGUUGAUGGUCAAUUUGGAUGAUUUGGAGAUGCAGUUGAAGGUGAUUGGGUGGGGGUUUGGGGGUGGGGAGGGGGUAGAUGUGAAGGUGGAGGAUGAGGAUGUGAAAGUGAAGUUGGAAGAUGAGGAUGUGGAUGUCAAGUUGGAAGAUGUGGAUGUGGAUGUCAAGUUGGAGGACGUGGAGGAGGAAGAUGAGGAUGUAAAAGUGAAGUUGGAGGAUGAGGAUGUGAAGCUAGAGGAUCUGGAGGAAUUGGAGAUGGAUGUGGAGGAAUCAGAGGUGGAUGUGAAGCUAGAGGAUGAGUGUUCGGUGUGUUAUUCGCAGGGAGACACCAAGGGGGAUGGGUUGGAUGGUGUGCAAGACAGUGUGGACAGGAAUUAGUUUCUUACUCUUACGGGGUAUCAUUAGUUGGCAUUAGCACUUGAUGGUGCUCUUGAGUGGUGUUGGAUUGGUCUGCUGAGCGCUGUCUCGUUCAAUGUGCUUGCAGC